ACUAUCUUAUGAAAACUGAAAUACGUUUUGACGUCAUCAUCAGCCUCCGGCAUUCUAAUGUUGCAGUUGGGCAGAUGUCUUCCUCUUUUCUUUCCUUAGUAGUGUGAAUUCACAUACAGCCCUAGGCAGUAAGCAAAUGCUUGUAAAUGAGAAAGUCAGAACGAACGUGAAGUUCGUGAUCACGGUAAAGAAGAAAUGGUAAUUUUUCUUAUUGUGCCCUAAGGCCGGAUGUCGUCGUCACCACACCACUAGUGGGUGCAAGUCACGCACCGCUAGUGAUAAAGUGCAGCUAUUGGGAGCUGAUGCAACCUGUAGUGAAGAAAGGAACCAAAAUCUGUUGAGUCACAUUACGUCAACAUUAUUUAACACAAUUUGCCGUUCAAGAAUGACUUGCAAGCUAUCUUUCUCUAUAUAACGCCGCUGCAUGCAUACAAAAACUUAUCAGUUCUCCUCAGUAACCCCUUUCGAGUCGUUGGAGUAAGGAAACGCACACCUUUAUUUUUUAAAUGUCGUCCAGCCAAAAUCAUAUCACCUUUUGGAAUGGGAAUAAAAUGCCGGUUGUUGGACUUGGAACUUGGCAGUCUUCAAAAGAAGAGAUUCAAAAAGCAGUAAAUGCAGCUUUGGAAGCAGGUUACCGUCACAUCGAUACUGCUUACAACUACUUGAACGAAGACGCUAUCGGAGAAGUACUUCAGCAAUGGAUUCAAUCAGGAAAAGUUAAAAGGGAAGAGCUUUUCAUCGUUACUAAGCUGCCAAUGAUUGGAAAUCGUCCAGAAGACGUGGAAAAAUUUCUGAGGAAAUCUCUAAGUGCUCUUCGACUGGAUUAUAUAGACCUUUAUCUUAUUCACGCACCAAUCGGCUUAAUUGGAAAACAUGAUCAAGAUGUUUUCCCCCACGACGAGCAAGGAUUUGCAAUGAUAGACAUGCACACCAACUUGGUGGAAUUGUGGAAGUCGAUGGAGAAGCAAGUAGACGCUGGUUUAGUCAAAUCCAUUGGUGUCUCCAAUUUCAACGAGGAACAAAUUAAACGUAUUAUCAACAAUAGUCGCAUCAAACCAGCAAACGUGCAAGUUGAAAUGCACGUCCAAUUUCAGCAAAAAUCGUUGAGAGAAUUUUGCCAGAAACAUGGCCUAACUAUUUGCGCAUACGCUCCCUUUGCCUCACCGGGUCGCAAUGAAUUUUACUCUAAACUUGGCCUUAAACCACCUGUUGUCAUUCCGGAUUUGUUUCAGCAUCCAGUAAUAGUUAAAAUUGCCAAUAAGCAUAAAAAAUCAAGCGCACAAAUUCUCAUAAAAUACUUGACUGAACUUGGUGUAUCCGUGAUUCCUAAAAGCGUCUCGUCUGAACGAAUUCGUUCUAAUAUCCAGAUAUUCGACUUUACCCUUUCACCGGUCGAUAUGGCACAGCUUCAAGAACUGGACCUAGGAGAGAUGGGAUUCACCUUUGAGUUUUCAUCUUUUUUUAAAGGAAUGGACAAGCACCCAGAAAACCCAUUCCCUCACCGCGCACCAAAGAAUUAGUUGUAUGACGGGACGUUUUUGAGAAGCUUCGAGAUGAACA